AUGGAAUUCAUGCUGAAGGAGGCCAUUAAGAGUGGUUUUGAUGAUGAAUAUGGUAAAACAGAAUACCGCAAGGUAUGGGAGAAACAAUCCAAGUCUCAUAUUUCCUGUGAAGGGAGUCGAGUCUACUUUGAUAACUACAAGUCAUGCUAUGCAGGUAUUGGGAAAGGUGGGGCUCCAAGGCAGCUUUACCGUCUCCAAGACUGCCCAAACUCAUCCAAAAUAGAAGAUGCCUUAAUCUGUAAUAUUGCACCAGUAAGUAUAGACACUGGAGAGAUUCUACAUCAGAUCAACUCACACUCCAGCUCUAGCUGUUCACAGACAGGCUGGCAUUCCGUGUGCAUCGUCAUGGUACUGGCUGUUUUCAACAUUUACCCUCUAGAGUUUGUCGGCAUGCUAGAAAUUGACAAAAGGGUAUUCGGCAGUGACGUCACCGACGCCAUGUUAUCCCAGGAUAUGCUAAUCAUUAUGCAUCAGUCAGGGCACGUGCGGCUUUAUAGUUUCAACCAAAUCUUGGAAAAGUUUAGAAGCUACAAAGUCAACCUGAGAGAGCAGAUCCCUGGGUCAGAUGCACUGUGCGGUCAAUACCCGUCUGGAGUCCCUUUCAAUACCAAAAUAACAGAAAAAUUGACGCCAUUAUUUGAGACACGCUGCUCGGAGCACAACGUCCAGAUUGGUGGGUUUCCAUGGCACUAUAUCAUCAUCCCCCAUGGGUGUUGUGGCUGGUUCCAGGUGCACUCCAUGGAAACAAACAAUCUGGCCAAGAAUGGAGAAGUGAAUGUGAGCAGUUUUGGUAUUGAGCUGGACAAGGCAGUAUUCCAUGGUGAUGAGUCGGGGAGGGUGCUGCACAUCUCGGAAGAUACAGUCAGAGUUUUGCAGCUGUCCAGCCUCGAGUCCAGCUCUGAGACAGUUCUACGGGAGCUGUUUUCUAUACACCCAAACAGUAACACACACAAGAAGGAAAAUACUCAAAGAACUGUGACCUCAUCAGGUCGAAGUAUUAAAAAGAGGGUCUGUCUAGAUGAAGUGUUAGAGUGCUCUCCCUUGACAAUUCAUGAUGUUGACUAUGAAAAUGAACUGGAUGUCCUUGUUGUCAGUGCUGUUUCCCACAAUCCCGAGGGUCCUGUUGGACAUAUUGGUUACUAUGACAACCUGACAGGCGAGCUCCUGCGAGAGUUCAGUUUGGAGGAACCGGCAAAGGAGUACUACGAGCACAGGACCUUUGUAGAUGCAGACACCAUAGUGCAGAGGGUGAAGGUCGGUCCUAGCAAGUUCAUCUGCAUCGUCUACAAGCUGUUUGGGGUGGCUGAGGAGGAAGAGGAGAAAAUAUCCAAGAAGCGUCUGAAGGAUGUUGGUAUCAGUUCCCGGAUCAACCCGGAGAACGCGACGGUCACGGAGUGCAAGAUAUAACUUGUGAAAACAAAACCAACACGUCUUGGUGAUCAGUGUUGAAGACUUAGGUUUGUUUAUAACCUAAUUCUAAGUCUUAAACUGUUUUUCUUAAGUUACUAGGCCAAUGGUCUAUAUAUGGCAGCUUCACCAUGUUUGCCUUAAUUGUGGUUGCGCAAACAAGUGGCCGAUUGUAUGCUCAAUCAUCCACUAACUCACCAAAUCCUCAUUAGGCCAGACCAAAUUUAUUUCGUGGUUUACGGAUUUUUUGUCCUCAGAAAUCCUAAAGGCUGGAGGA